CAUAGACGACUUUUGCAUCACCAUUUUAUUUCACUAGGCUGUGAUUUUCAUUUCACUUGCCUCAUUGAAGCUGUGAUGUCUCAACCAAAGGUGUACGAUGUGUUCUUGAGUUUCAGAGGGGACGACGGUAGUGCAAAAUUCGUUUCACAUCUGCAUUCUUCUCUUCAAAAUGCAGGGAUUUCUGUUUUCAGAGGUGACGAGAUUCAACAAGGAGAUGAUAUCUCAAUCUCACUGUUACGAGCAAUUCGACACUCAAGAAUUUCUAUAGUUGUUUUGUCGAUAAAUUAUGCUAAUUCAAGAUGGUGUAUGUUUGAGUUGGAGAAGAUCAUGGAAAUUGGAAGAACCGGUGGUCUGGUGGUUGUACCAGUCCUUUAUGAGGUAGAUCCAUCAGAAGUACGUCAUCAAGAAGGUCAGUUUGGAAAAGCUUUGGAAGAUCUUAUCUUAGAAAUCUCAGUGGAUGAAUCCACAAAGAGUAAUUGGAGAAGAGACCUCAUUGAUAUUGGUGGCAAAGAUGGGUUUAUAGUCACAGAUUCCAGGAAUGAAAGUGCAGAUAUCAAGAAUAUAGUUGAACAUGUCACCCGUUUGCUAGAUAAGACAGACUUAUUUGUUGUUGAAUAUCCAGUCGGUGUCAGAUCUCGAGUGGAAGAUGUGACUAAUUUACUAAAUAUCCAAAAUUCAAAUGAUGUUUUACUUUUAGGGAUCUGGGGAAUGGGGGGCUUGGGCAAAACAACCCUUGCCAAAGCCAUUUAUAAUCAAAUUGGUAUCAAAUUUGAGGGAAGGAGCUUUCUUCUAAACAUUAGGGAAGUUUGGGAGACAGAUACUAAUCAAGUUUCUCUACAGCAACAAAUACUUUGUGAUGUUUACAAAACAACAGAACUCAAGAUACUUGACAUUGAAUCAGGGAAAAAUUUAUUGAAGGAAAGACUUGCUCAGAAAAGGGUACUUCUUGUGCUUGAUGAUGUGAAUAAACUGGACCAACUAAAGGCUUUGUGUGGAAGCCGCAAAUGGUUUGGUCCGGGGAGUAGAGUAAUCAUCACAACAAGAGAUAUGCGUCUUCUUAGAUCGUGUAGAGUUGAUCUAGUGUAUACAGUAGUAGAAAUGGAUGAGAGGGAAUCUCUUGAGCUUUUUUGCUGGCAUGCAUUUAAGCAACCAUGUCCGCCAGAAGGUUUUGCUACACAUUCAAGAGAUGUGAUAGUAUAUUCCGGGGGAUUGCCACUAGCACUUCAAGUUCUUGGGUCCUAUUUGUCUGGCUGUGAAACAACAGAGUGGCAGAAAGUUUUGGAGAAACUCAAAUGUAUUCCUCAUGAUCAAGUACAGAAGAAGCUGAAAGUAAGCUUUGAUGGUUUAAAAGAUGUUACAGAGAAACAAAUAUUCUUUGAUAUUGCUUGUUUCUUUAUCGGGAUGGACAAAAAUGAUAUAAUACAAAUAUUAAAUGGGUGUGGAUAUUUUGGUGAUAUUGGAAUUGAAGUCCUUGUACAACAGUCCCUUGUAACUGUUGACAUUGGGAACAAGCUUAGAAUGCAUGAUUUGUUGAGAGACAUGGGAAGGCAAAUAGUUUAUGAGGAAUCACCAUUUCAUCCUGAGAUGCGCAGUAGGUUGUGGUUCCGUGAGGAAGUGUUUGAUAUGUUAUCAAAUCACAAGGGAACAGAAGCUGUUAAGGGUCUGGCUUUGGAGUUUCCAAGAGAAGUUUGUCUGGAAACCAAAUCAUUUAAGAAGAUGAAUAAACUCAGAUUGCUUCGCCUUGCUGGGGUGAAGCUUAAAGGAGAUUUUAAAUAUCUUUCAGGAGAUCUGAAGUGGCUGUACUGGCAUGGAUUUCCAGAAACCUACGUUCCUGCAGAAUUUCAGCUAGGAAGUCUAGUUGUUAUGGAAUUAAAAUAUAGUAAGCUUAAACAAAUAUGGAAUAAGAGCCAGAUGCUAGAGAAUCUAAAAGUUCUUAAUCUCAGCCAUUCUCUUGAUUUGACUGAAACACCAGACUUUUCAUACAUGCCAAAUCUUGAAAAGCUUAUACUCGAAGACUGUCCAAGUUUGUCUACGGUCUCCCAUAGCAUUGGAUCUCUGCAUAAAAUUCUUCUGAUAAAUUUGACAGACUGCACAGGUCUUCGGACACUUCCGAAAAGCAUCUAUAAAUUAAAAUCUCUUGCAACUUUGAUUCUUUCUGGAUGUUCUAUGCUUGACAAAUUGGAGGACUUGGAACAGAUGGAAUCAUUGACAACCUUGAUUGCAGAUAAGACUGCUAUACCAGAAGUGCCCUCUUCACUGCCAAAGAUGUACGAUGUGUUCUUGAGUUUCAGAGGGGAAGACAAUCGUCCAAGGUUCAUAUCACAUCUCCAUUCCUCUCUUCACAGUGCAGGGAUUUAUGCUUUCAAAGACGACGAUGGGAUUCAACGAGGAGAUCAAAUCUCGGUCUCACUGGGGAAAGCAAUUGAACAGUCUAGAAUUUCUAUCGUUGUUUUGUCUACAAAUUAUGCUAAUUCAAGAUGGUGUAUGUUAGAGUUGGAGAAGAUCAUGGAAGUUGGCAGAAUGAACGGUCGGGUGGUUGUGCCAGUCUUCUAUGAUGUAGAUCCCUCAGAAGUACGACAUCAGAAAGGUCGGUUUGGAAAAGCUUUUGAAGAACUUUUAUCAACUAUCUCAGUGGAUGAAUCCACAUAUAGUAAUUGGAGAAGACAACUCUUUGAUAUUGGUGGCAUAGCUGGGUUUGUACUAGUAGGUUCCAGGAAUGAAAGUGCAGCUGUAAAGAAUAUUGUUGAAUAUGUCACUCGUUUGCUGGAUAGGACAGAGUUAUUCGUUGCUGAACAUCCAGUAGGAGUAGAACAUCGUGUGCAAGCUGCAACUAAGCUAUUGAACAUCCAAAAAUCAGAAGAUGUUUUACUUCUAGGGAUUUGGGGUAUGGGGGGUACGGGUAAAACAACCCUUGCCAAAGCCAUUUAUAAUCAAAUUGGUAGCAAAUUUGAGGGAAGGAGCUUUGUUCUAAAUAUCAGGGAAUUUUGGGAGACAAAUACCAAUCUAGUUUCUCUACAGCAAAAGGUACUUUGUGAUGUUUACAAAACAUUAACAUUCAAGAUACGUGACAUAGAAUCAGGGAAAAAUAUAUUGAAGGAAAGACUUUCCCAGACUAGUGUACUUCUUGUGCUAGAUGAUGUGAAUAAAUUGGACCAGCUAAAGGCAUUGUAUGGAAGCCGUGAAUGGUUUGGUCCGGGGAGUAGAAUUAUCAUCACAACGAGAGAUAAGCAUCUUCUUAGUUCGUGUCCAGUUGAUGUAGUGUAUACAAUAGAAGAAAUGGAUGAAAGUGAAUCUCUCAAGCUUUUCAGUUGGCAUGCAUUCAAGCAAUCAAGUCCAAAAGAAGAUUUUGCUAAACAUUCAACAGAUGUGAUUGCAUAUUCUGGGGGAUUGCCACUAGCACUUGAAGUCAUUGGGUCAUAUUUGUCUGAUUGUAAAAUAACAACAGAGUGGGAUAGUGUUUUGGAGAAACUCAAAUGUAUUCCUCAUGAUGAAGUACAGGAGAAACUAAAAGUAAGCUUUCAUGGUUUAAAACAUUUUACAGAGAAACAAAUAUUUCUUGAUAUAGCUUGUUUCUUUAUUGGGAUGGACAAAAAGGAUGCGAUCCAAAUAUUGAAUGGGUGUGGGUUUUUUGCUGAUGAUGGAAUUAAAGUCCUUGUUGAGAGAGCCCUUGUAACUGUUGACAAUGAGAACAAACUUAGAAUGCAUGAUUUGUUGAGAGACAUGGGAAGGCAAAUCAUUUUUGAGGAAUCACCAGAAGAUCCUGAGAAGCGCAGUAGAUUGUGGCGGCAUGAGGAAGUGUUUGAUAUAUUAGAAAAGCGUAAGGGAACAGAAGGUGUCAAGGGACUGGCUUUGGAGUUUCCAACAAGAGAUUGUUUGGAAACAAAAGCAUUUAAGAAAAUGAAUAAACUCAGAUUACUUCGCCUUGCUGGGGUGAAGCUUAAAGGAGAUUUUAAAUAUCUUUCAGGAGAUCUGAAGUGGCUGUACUGGCAUGGAUUUCCAGAAACCUACAUUCCUGCAGAAUUUCAGCUACAAAGUCUAGUUGUUAUGGAAUUAAAAUAUAGUAAGCUUAAACAAAUAUGGAAUAACAGCCAGAUGCUAAAAAAUCUAAAAAUUCUUAAUCUUAGUCAUUCUCUGGAUUUGACUGAAACCCCAGACUUUUCCUACUUACCUAAUCUUGAAAAGCUCGUGCUCAAAAACUGUCCAAGUUUGUCUACGGUCUCCCAAAGCAUUGGAUCUCUACAAAAAAUUCUUCUGAUAAAUUUGAGAGACUGCGCAGGUCUUCGGAAACUUCCAAGAAACAUCUACAAGUUAAAAUCUCUAGAAACUUUGAUUCUUUCAGGAUGUUCCAUGAUUGACAAAUUGGAGGAGGACGUGGAACAGAUGGAAUCAUUGACAACCUUGAUUGCGGAUAAGACUGCUAUAACAAAAGUGCCAUUUUCAAUAGUAAGAUUGAAAAGUAUUGGAUAUAUUUCUUUUCGUGGCUUUGAAGGAUUUUCACGUGAUGUAUUCCCUUCUCUUGUUUGGUCUUGGAUGUCGCCAUCAAAUAAUGUGAUAUCCCUUGUUCAAACAUCUGUGUCCAUGUCAUCACUUGGUACUUCCAAGGACCUUCAAAAACUUCGAAUUCUUUGCGUGGAAUGUCGUACAGAUCUACAACUAACUGAAGAAAUAGCAAGAUUUUUGGAGGUAUUAAAAGCCACAAAUUGUGAGAACUUGGAAGGAAGUGCAAGUUCAACUACAUCAGAGAUCUCUGAUAUGUAUGCUUCUCCCUUUAUUGAUGAUUGCCCUGGUCAAGUUUGCAUUUCAGGGUCAAAGAAUCACCUCUUAAUUCGAAUGGGAACAAAAUGCCAUGUCUCUAAUAUUGCUGAAGACAGUUUUCUACAGACUACAGACGGGACUUCAGAUCCAUCUUUGCUCCCAUGUGACGAUAAAUUUAAUCGGUUAAUCUUCAGUUGUAACGGUUGUUCUAUAAUAUUUGAUGUCCCAACAAUGAAGGGGAGUAACCUGAAGAGUAUAAUGUUGUUCGUUGUCUAUUACUCUUCCCCAGAAAACAUAACAUCAGAAGGUUGCAAAGGUAUGUUAAUCAUAAAUUACACAAAGAGAACCGUUCUGGUUUAUAAAAGAGAUACACUAACCUCCUUUGAGGACGAGGAUUGGCAGAGCAUAACAUCAAAUCUAGAACCUGGUAACAAAGUGGAGGUUAUGGUUGUUUUUGCGAAGGGUUUCUUUGUUAAGAAGACUACAUUAUCUCUCUUAUAUGAUGAACCAGUCGACAAAGAAAUGCAACGUUGUUUUGUAGUAGACGAGGAGGAUGUUAUUGUUUCUGGCAAUGACGAUAAUAAUGUUAGUGUUUCUGGAGGUGAUAAUGAAGCCGUGCACCGCUUUGGUAAAGGGUUCACUGUGAACCGCAUGUUGAUUACCAAACGCGCUGAUGGGUUGUAUGCUGAUGUCAUGGGACUGGUACAACUAAUACUACAUGACCCUGACCUGCCUGCAGAGGUAGUAGCCGAGGAGAUUCAUGCAGCCGAAGCAGAGUGUGAUACGGAGCAGCAGGUUCCUCCAACUGAUGGUCAGCUUGAGCAGCAGGCAGAAGUAGUAGCACCUGUGGGCAUUGGACCGGCCUUAACUCAGAUUUUGGAUGCUCUCAGAGAGCUCAAAGUUGAUUUUGUCCGACUAGAGCAGACUGUUACUUCUAGGUUGAAUGCAGUAGAGGUCAGAUUAGAGGUACUUGAGGAUGUCAUUACCCAAAUACCGCGUGGGUCGAGUUCUGACUAAGGUAUCAGUAUUGUACACCCAAAGUCCUGUUAGUUGUAAUUGAACCUAAGAUACCAGUUUCAGUUUUAUAUAGUUAUCUGAAUUCUUAAUAUAUUAUGUUUCCAAAUUUGAAUAGAAUUUAUAAUUCAUUUCGUCCUUCUAUUA